AUGCUGGUCACACGGCAAUGUGAUACAGGAAGGAACACUUGGUCUUCUAGUAAGCUCGAGGCGAUCUAUCGCAACUCAGCGUCUCCACGCAUGUCGAACUUUGAGCCACUACCAACGCAGCCGGACUGGCGGGAACAGUACUCAACAUUUCCACUCCCAGGAGAAAACGGGUUACUUCAACCAUCAUUCGAUCAAAGCACUACAUCAAAUGUAUCAGAGAGUAACCAGAAUCAGCAACAAAACAACGCAAGGCCUACAUUAGGGCACCGCCAUAGCCUGGGACCUUUACUGCAGACAGAUCCUCAGCCAGCUCCGGCCAUAGAAAGACCGGACUCUGCGCCGCCAGGAGAUUGUGGUCAUCAAGCAAACCCUAUCCGGGACGACUCUUUUUCCACAGAAUCAACCGCUGUUUCACUUGCCUCGGGAUCGAAUCCACUGAGUUCAGCAUCCAGCGCGCCAGCUCAACAAGGGACUUUGGCAAACAAAGAAGAAGGCAGUGGUGGACCUCAAAGUGAAAUCAAGGAUGAAGAAGAUGACGACGACGAUGAUGACGAGAUGCUUGACCCGGAGGAGGGUGCUCCACCGCAAACUGCGGCAGAGCGGCGAGCAGAGCGAAGAAAAAUGAAGCGCUUCCGUUUAACACAUCAGCAAACGCGGUUUCUAAUGAGUGAAUUCGCAAAACAAGCGCAUCCAGACGCGGCCCACCGAGAACGACUUUCGAGAGAGAUCCCAGGGCUGAGUCCUAGGCAGGUACAGGUUUGGUUUCAGAACAGGCGUGCGAAGAUAAAGCGGUUGACAGCGGACGAUCGAGAGCGCAUGAUGAAAAUGAGGGCUGUGCCGGACGACUUUGACAAUGUGCAGGCUUUGCACUCUCCUUAUGGGGCCGCUCAAGGCAUUGGUACACCGAUGCAGUCGUCAGUCGACUUCGUCCCAGGAUACAGCGAUCAUAUGAUGCGGCCUUUGAUGGUCGAUACUAUGAGGAGAAACGAUCACGAAGACCAUAUUUCCCAAACUGGUCUGAGUCCAGCUUUUGGCCAUGUAGGAUUCGCACCUCCGGGAUCGAUGGGUUCCCCCGAUGUGCUGUCGCCAUUAUCUUUGAACUCUGGUGACCGAUAUUUCCCAGGCAGUAGUCAUCUCUCGAGUCCGAUGAGCGCAGGGCCAAGGAGUUCAAACCCGUUCGAUCGACAAAAUAGCUACCAAGCGCUUUCUAAUUCCAGACAGCUCGUUCGUCCUUUGCAACCCUUGCAACUGCGCGAAACAAUGUCGAGAUCGCGGUCUGAAUCGAUCCAGUCUCCUCUGAGGUCGAGCAUGUCUUGGAAAGGGGAAAAUAUCGACUACAAUAGCUACAACACUGGCCAGGGCAGUCCCCAAUUGAGCGGACGCCAGCAGUCUGUGUACCAACCAGACCAAAUUGGCAAUAGUUCCAUCAAUGCGCAUCAAUAUGAGACCAAUGCAUUUUCCAACCAAAACAUCCAGAGCUCACCUACUCAAAUGACGUACUCCCAGUCCCAUAGCGGCCCCUCGUCUUCAGUACAGCAGUCAGGACCAUCCACAUUAUCGCGGCUCCGAGCGUCAUCCUCAGCUUUCCCUCCUAGUCUAGAUCUGCGAAAUCAGUAUCGACCACUUCAAACACAACACAACUCUCCGCAUGGCACGACACCACGAAGCACUUCAUUUGCUAGCGCUUUCACAGGCGGAUAUGCUAGUGCGCCUUUGGCUGCGCCUGUGGACUUCUCGUUGCCACGGACUCCUGUUGAUGGAAGCCAUGGAAACAGGAAUUUUAACAUUCCUCAAACUGCACCGAUGAACCCCCCACAGGAUUUUACGAGCGCUUAUAAUUCGACCAUAAGUCCUGCGAGAGCGCAACAUGGUGACAGAAAUUUCGGGAGUCAGGGACAAAACAACCAGGAUCAGGGAAAUCAGGGGCAAGGACAAGGGUCUGGUCAGGCCGGGGACCAGCAGCAACAACAACAACAGUCUAAAGUUAAUGAUGAGACAUCCUACCUGGCCGGACACAAGCGAAAGAGAAGUUUCGCGAUAUCUGGUCCAUUCGAAAGCCCAUGA